AUGUAUUUUUCCGAUCCCAAGGGGUCCGAAACGACCGUGCAUGCCUCCGGUCCGAGUCAGCAAGAGUUGGACACCAUUGCAACGAACCAAGCGAUCAAUGGAGACUAUGAAUUGCAGUUUUACGAUCACGAUUCCCAAGCUGUCGUGACGCUCCUGGGCUGGAUCCAGACGCUCGAGACGCUCAAGGUCCAUUAUUACAACCACGCCACAGGGCGAAGCAGCCGCGAGAUAACCGACGCUAAGCACUUUUUCAUGCUCGGCGACCUGCUGCACAGCGCCGUGUUCUGCCUCUUCCCCAUGGCCGCCAGCGUUCGGAAGGAGGUCAUCCGGGGCCUGGACAGAUGCGCCACUCUCGGCGCCUUCUGGCACAACCUGCGCUGCCUCGACGUCCGCCUGCUGAACGCGCGGUCGCAGGCGCACGGCGUCGUCCGGGAGCUCCAGGACGCCACGCACUUCUCGAGGGACCUCGACCGGGCACUGGUGUUUAGGUGGCAGCCUGGGGAGGACUUGGUCAAGACUCUCGCGUCCAUAAUGCCCCAGUAUGGCUACGACGCCCUCUCGCGGACCUACUACCACGCGCCCGCCGUCCACAGGCCUCUCAUCCCGCCGACCUGCAACCCUGGCCGGCUCCGGUUCACGGUCGUGCCGGACCUCCUCCCGCACACCCUCUUCUUCCGGCUAAAGCACGCGGGCCCGGCGGGGCUGCAAGCCCUCCUUCAGACCAUCCUCCUCUUGCCGAGCCCGCACCCGCCCGCAGCCAGCAAUGAGGCCUUGAAGGAGAACAGGCUGCUGCGAUCCUCGAAAACGGUCAGCUACUACUCGGAACAGCACAGCUACCCACUGGACUACCGCGACGUGCCGUUUCCCAAAUCGCCGCGGACGGGCCCUCCUCCCGCCAGCUAUGGCGGCCAUACCUAUUUGGUGUCGUGUUCCGAGCGGGAAUUGCUGCGGGUGAAGGCCGUUAUCGGCAAGCUGCGUGACGAAACUAUACGAAACGUCGGCGAGGAUCGCUAA